AUGGCCUCUAAUAGUAUCAAGCUUUUGUCCGGCAAUUCUCAUCCAGAAUUGGCCGAGAAAAUAGCUGAAUUACUGGGCCUAUCGUUGUCCAAGAUUGGUGUUUACCAGUAUUCUAACAAGGAAACCUCAGUGACGAUUGGUGAAAGUAUCCGCGAUGAGGAUUGCUACAUCAUCCAGACUGGCAGCGGACAGCAGGAAAUAAAUGACUUUUUGAUGGAAUUACUGAUCAUGAUCCAUGCCUGCAAAACGGCAUCCGCAAGAAGAAUCACUGCUGUGAUCCCAAAUUUUCCAUAUGCACGUCAGGAUAAAAAGGACAAAAGCCGUGCACCUAUAACUGCCAAGCUGAUUGCCAAUUUACUAGAAACUGCUGGCUGUGAUCAUGUCAUUACCAUGGACCUGCAUGCUUCGCAAAUCCAGGGGUUCUUCCAUAUACCUGUUGACAAUCUGUACGCUGAACCUAGUGUGCUCAACUACAUAAGAACAAAAACAGACUUUCAGAAUGCUAUCCUUGUUUCUCCCGAUGCUGGUGGUGCCAAGCGGGUGGCAUCAAUUGCCGAUAAGCUAGAUCUCAAUUUCGCUCUCAUACACAAAGAAAGACAAAAAGCGAAUGAAGUCUCAAGGAUGGUGCUAGUUGGUGACGUCAAAGGUAAAUCGUGUCUCUUGGUUGAUGAUAUGGCUGACACCUGUGGUACUCUCGUAAUGGCCUCCGACACCCUUUUCGAAAAUGGUGCUAAAGAGGUCAUCGCAGUAGUAACCCAUGGGAUAUUUUCAGGUUCUGCGAAAGAAAAAUUGGGGAAAAGUAAACUUUCGAGGAUGGUAUGCACCAACACUUUGCCAGUGGAUCUACAAUUGGAUAUCUAUGACGAAAUAGAUAUUAGCCCAACCCUAGCCGAAGCAAUCCGCAGGCUUCACAAUGGUGAAAGUGUUUCCUACCUUUUCACCCAUGCAGUUUGA